GACAAUAUGCAUUGUAUUUUGUUGACUGUAACAGUACGACAUUGUGCUCUUUAAAAUGUGAAUUAAUUUCUUACAACUGCUGUCUGUUGCAGGAUUAAAUGGAUAAUGAAGCAUUAAACUUUUUCCACUUGUUUGAUCCAUAGGAGGCAGAAGAGGGAAGGUGAAAGGCCCUACAUUUAGGAUCUCUGGAGUCCAGGUGAAUGCCAAGCUUGUUAUCUCACAUGAGGAAGAGCUGGCUCCGCUCCACAAGGCCAUACCCGCUGACCCUGAGGAGAGAAAGAAGUAUAUGAUUCCGUGCCACUCAAAGGCAGCACACUUUGACAUUGAGUGGGGGAAGGAAGACGAUUCCAGCCUCCUCAUAGGAAUCUAUGAGUACGGUUAUGGCAGCUGGGAGAUGAUCAAGAUGGACCCGGACCUCAAUCUGACACACAAGCUCCUACCAGAUGACCCUGACAAGAAGCCACAGGCCAAACAGUUACAGACCAGAGCAGACUACCUCAUCAAGUUGCUGAGCAAAGACCUUGCCAAAAAAGAAGCACAGAAACAAGCGGGGACAGCCAAUUCACGGAAGAGGAAACCAAGAAGUAAAAAGAGCAAAACUUUAAAGCCAACAAAGACGGAUGAGGUGAUAAAGAGUGCUUCCUCAGAUCCCUCGUCGGACAAGAGGUCAGAUGACGACGAUGAAAUUGAGGAGGAAAAGCCGGUAGCACCAGUUAAGGCACUGAGCAGACGGGGCCGAGCGGACAGGGUGGUCGCCGCAAAGGAGGAGGAGGACGACGACGACGACGACGACGACAACGACGACGAUGAUGAUGAGCCAGAGCAGGAGGAGGUGUCUUCAUCAGGGGAGAGGGAGGUCAAAGGAAAAGAGAUCAAAAAAGAAGGCAAAAAGGAGAAGAAGGAGGAAAGUUGGGACGUUAAAGAGCCAAAGGAGCCAAAGGAGAAAAAAGACACAAAGCCUUUGGAGGCAGUACAUAAACAAGAGGAGAGCAUGGAAAAGAAUGAAGUCAAGACUGAGGUACGAGAACGAACAAAAAAAGCCUCUGAUGUGCCGGUCCAUAUAACGGCAAGUGGAGAGAAUGUGCCAGUAUCUGAAGAGUCUGAGGAACUGGACCAGAGGACCUUCAGUGUGUGCAAAGAAAGGAUGAGGCCAGUUAAAGCCGCCCUAAAGCAGCUAGACCGACCAGAGAAAGGGCUGUCGGAGCGAGAGCAGCUCGAGCACACGAGACAGUGCCUCAUAAAGAUCGGAGACCACAUCACUGAGUGUCUGAAGGAGUAUUCAAAUCCUGACUUGAUUAAACAGUGGAGAAAAAACCUGUGGAUAUUUGUGUCCAAAUUCACUGAGUUUGACGCCAGGAAACUACAUAAACUGUAUAAGCAUGCAAUCAAGAAAAGACAAGAGAACGCCCAGGCAAUGGAGCAGAACACUAGAAAUAUAAACACCCAUGGUUACAAACAUGCAGAUAUUGAAAGGCUGAAAGACAAUUCUCACCAGGACGAGAGCAGCAGGGACAGUUGCAGCUCAGACAGGCAUCAACCUUCAGGUCGAUACCAUGAGAGCAGUAAGGAGAGACACAGCUCAGAGUCCCACAGGAAGACCACGGGAGGAGAGUCCAGGAAAAGACCAUACUCCUCCUUCAGCAAUGGCAAAGACCACCGGGACAGAGACCACUACAGACCAGACAGCAGGGAAAGAGACAGACAGGACAGAUACUACAAUGACAGUAAGCACAGGAAGCUGGAGGAGUUCCGCUCCAGCAGAGACCAUCGGCCGGACAUGAAAGAUCAUUCCCAUUCAGACCACCGCUCUUCCUACCGCUACCAUUCAGACUGGCAGACAGAGCAGCGAGCCUCAGCCAGCGGGCCCCGCUCUCCCCGAGACCAGCGCUCGCCCUAUGAGUCCCGUUCGCCCAUGGGACACCGCUCACCCUUCGACUACUCGUCGGACCACAAGAGCACGCCAGAGCAGAUCUGGAGUAGCCGCAAGACAUAACAGGAGCUGCCUCGGUCUGCUAGUAGCAGCCAUAGACUCAGCAACACAGCAAAUGCCUUACAGGGACUGUGGACUCCAACCUGAAGCUGUUUGAAGCACUGUGUAUCAGUCAGUUCAGCAUGGCUGUCAUCUCCUCGCUUCAGCUUCAGCUGCAGCUCAUCUCGGGAACCUGGGAGAUAAACGCAAGGGAGCAGCUCAAACCAGGCAGCAGAUAAAAAAUCAAAGCAUAUUUUUGUAUUUAAGAGUUUAAAGCUGCAUUGUUGUGUAGGCUCAACAGCGCGCAGCACACUUUUUUGUUAUUUUUAUAAACUUUUUUUAACUCUGGAAAUGGACACAAUUGACCCUGAGUGCUGCCUCAUAUUCCCACCAACCCACGACACUGGAUCCUGUAUUUGACUGUUUCUCUAUGUUCGUCUGUCUGUCUCUGUCUCUAUCAUGCUUAAUGUGAUUAUCUACCUUAUUUAAGUGUUAACUCGAUGAGAAGUUAGUUGUCACAUAAAUCACAUUACAAGUUGAUUUAAAGGUGUCUGGUUGAAUCCGGUCUGGGCUCAGGCUCACCACCUUAAGUACCUCAUUUACAGCAUUUCUCAUUUCCUCAGCAGGUUUUCUUUUUCCACCAGGUGUGAAUUAUUUAAUAACAUAUCAUAGCUGUAAAAAUAAAAAUAACCUGGAUUUUUUGGAGCGACUUGUAUCAUGUUUUUUCCCUUCAGUAAUCCUGUUGUAAAUUUUUGUAAAAUAGUAAAUCAGUGGUCUUUUUCCUCAGGCUUUUGGGAUUUAUUAUGACUCUACUUUUCCCCAUCAACUCAGGCUUUUUUGUCGUUCGAGUGAGUUUCUGUAUAAUAAUUCUUUCAUGAUAAUGCUUUCAGAAUGUAAUUUUUGGUAAAGGGAAAGUUCUGUAAUGAUACUCAGUUUUAUUCACUAGUGCUUAGUUCUUUUGCCUCAGUGUGUCGAAUUCAGUGAGUUUGAAGGAACUGACUUUUAAAAUCAAAGUCUGAAAAGGACAGUUGUCUUUCAAUAGAAGCACCUGUUAGAUCUUAAAUAAACUAGACUUUUUACAUAUUUUUGUUUCUUUACCUUUGAUUUUAUUUUCUACGUAGGCAAUAAUGUCAAUGUUUCUAUGCAGCCAAGUAUAUUUGUGGUGAACCACCCAACUGAAUGAAGUCACUGUUAGGUUCACAUUGUUGUACAUAAAUUUCCUCUAUAUUUCAAAAUGAAUUUACACUGAAAGUGCAUGAAUUUUUAUGAACUGUUUUAUAUAGUUGUUUAUGAAGCCAUUAAAAUCAAUCACUGUACUCACUCGUACCGACUCUCUUCAACAGUG